AUGCAACCGGCCAUCGGCCAGAGGGGCCCUGUCAGAUCGAAGGCAACCGGGCCGCCGCUGGAUCCAUCGACCGGCGCGUUCAAAUUCCCCCCGUAUUCGGAAUACUCAGAUGAGAAAGACUCCUCGGGCACGUACGGCGCGAUGGGGCUCGAUUCAGAUCAUCAAAGGCUUAAUGGCUUUGCGGCAUCAAAGCGGCCAUCUCAAGACUCUACAUCUGCGUAUUUAAAUGCGGUUGGGGGUCUUUCGCGUGAUACCGGCAUCCAAUCAUCCAAUCAUUCUGAGGCCGAUAUGCAUGCUCAGGGCACUCAAUAUGGCGAUUUCUACGGAGGCCAUCCUCAGAACUCUUCGCAUUCGCAAAGGCCGUCCAUCGCGGGUCCGUCCAUGUCAUUUCCGGCUCAAAACAACCGGAUGUACGCCACCCAGCAAAUGGACGAUGAGGAGGUUCAUGACAAGCUUAGGGGCUUGAGCUUACAGGACGGCCAUGGCGGUCCCUCCAACGGUCUGUCGGGUCUUUCGACAUACGGGUCAGCCUCCCAGCCUUUCCAGCUCAAUCCGGUCUCGCAGCCGUGGGAGAAUGGGAAUGGGUAUCAGCCGGGAUAUUCUAAGGACAUGUAUCCCUCUUCUUUUGGAUAUGAAAAACGAGGGUCGAUUGUAGACCGCAACUCGCCCGCCGGCAGUGCCUACCGUGCAGGAUUCAGCAGCCCCAAAAGCUUUGCGGGGACGCCGCAAACCGGCGCAGACCCGUGGCCCAAGCCAGCCUCGAGGGAUCCCAGAAUUGGUCCCGACCUUGAGCGCCGAGCCCCCAAUCAGCAGUUUGUGCCACCUCAAUCUCAACCAGCAGCAUAUUACGGGAACCAGUACUUUAGCCAGGGAUUUUCGCACUUUCAGCCCCACAUCUACGACCAAUACGGCGGCGUGGGCUUCAGACAGCCCGUUUCGAUGAAUCCAUAUGGCGGCCUUCAUGUGAACUCUUUUGUUCCUGGGGCCGUGAACGUCCCAAUGCGGCCGAGCAAAGAUCAGGAUCCAGGAAAAGGGGUGCGAAGCCAGCUGUUGGAGGAGUUCAGGGCAAAUUCCAAGCAUCUCAAGCGCUACGAGCUCAAGGACCUCUACGAGCACAUUGUCGAGUUCAGCGGGGACCAACACGGCUCCCGGUUCAUCCAGCAAAAGCUAGAGACAGCCAAUAGCGACGAGAAACAGCAGGUCUUCCGGGAGAUUGAGCCAAACGCCGUCCAGCUCAUGAAAGACGUGUUCGGGAACUAUGUCAUCCAGAAGUUCUUUGAGCACGGUAAUCAGGUGCAGAAGAAGGUUCUAGCAAGCGCGAUGAAGGGCAAGGUCAUCGAUCUGUCAACGCAGAUGUAUGCGUGCCGGGUCGUACAAAAGGCACUGGAGCAUAUCCUUGUCGAGCAACAAGCCGAGCUGAUCAAGGAGCUGGAACCGGAAGUUUAUCGAGUAGUCCGCGAUCAGAACGGAAACCACGUCAUCCAGAAGAUCAUCGAGCUGGUCCCUCGCCAGCAUAUCGGCUUCAUCAUCGAUUGCCUCAAGGGGCGCGUCAGCGACCUCGCUUCGCACACGUACGGCUGCAGAGUCAUUCAGCGGGUCCUUGAAUACGGGAACGAGAGUGACAAGGCCGCCAUUAUGAAUGAGCUGCAUAACUGCGCCCAGAUGUUGGUCACCGACCAAUAUGGCAACUACGUAACUCAACAUGUCAUCCAAUACGGAAAACCCGAGGACCGCGCAAAAAUGAUUGCCAUUGUCACAACCCAGUUGUUGACGCUCUCAAAGCACAAGUUUGCUUCAAACGUAGUAGAGAAAUGUAUCGAGUACGGCACAGCUGAUGAGCGACGUCUUAUCAGAGAGCGGUUUAUCAGGCCUGGAGAGGAGGGCAACAGCCAGCUGGGUCCCAUGAUCAAAGAUCAGUAUGGCAAUUAUGUCGUCCAAAAACUCUUCAACGAGCUGGACGGUCAGGACCGGGCCGAUUUCGUCGAGGAAGUGAAGCCCCAGUUAAACGCGUUGAAGAAAUCGACAGGUACCGGACGCCAGAUUGCAGCCAUCGAUCGCCUUAUGUCUGCUGUCUCGUCCCCCUUGUCUGGGACUAAGAAUGUCACGCCAUCGUCGACAGCCCCGGCUUCGCCUUCCUUACAGGUAGACAUUGGCUCCGCUGUGCCAACCCCAAAUCUCACGAUGGAAACCAAUAGCCCCUCGUCUAGCCCGCCGAGCCCCAACACCAACGCUGUCGAGGACGUCGUUUCGCGUGCAAAUGCCAAGCUUGCCGGUACAGAUGUGGUCGCGAUCCCCCAGCCGCGUGCCGACGAAGUCUAA